AUGACCAUCGAAUUACCCGACACCGGAGACUUUGGUUUCGUUCUGCCCCCGGAGAGGAUCCGGCCUGCGGCGGAGGAACAGUGGGUUGGUCAACAAGUGAUCCUCCAACUCUUGGACGAGGAGUUUUUCGAUGGAGAUGGCCCAGCGAUUGGUGCCUUAGGCAACGUCAACUCACCGCAAACUGUAGUAUUAUCACAAAAUCAGAACGUGUCACCCGCUGGAGAUGACUGCGUCGACCAGAUCCUGGAUGGUGAAACCACUACCCCCGACAGCAAACCUUCUCAAGAGUCAGCAUUGAUGGAAGGGCCACGUACACCCAGGAAGAAGCGCAAUCCAGUGCUCUGGCAUGGUUUGUUGUCUCCAAACACUCCUACCUUCCACAGUGAAACGCAUUAUACACCAUCGGCCGGCUCCGCGAAAGAAGAGCUAGUUUGGCAAACCACCCGAGGGCAAACCAAGGACGCUGUCGACCAGUCCUCCAUACUGAUUCAGCAUUGCACCGAUACGGAUAAGAGCGAAGCCGAAGAUGUUAACACUGCAAUUUUGCGAGCAGUUGAUGAUGCUACUCAAAAUGAUGCAAUACUUGCUCGCGAGCUCGAACGCUCGAUUAAUCCAACAAAAGCUCGCCGGAGUACUAGACUGCGUACGCAGGCGAAACCAAUCUCUGUCUUUGAUCAAGACACUGUCCAGCUACCGGCUACAGACCCAAAGACUGCUCAGAAACUACCACCUUCACAAGUGGCACCCAAUCGUGGCGAGCAUGCUGAUUUCAGUAUUGUACCUAUCAAGAGCGAGCCGGUUCCCUUCGAGGGACUACCGACCGUUCAUUCUCUCACUUGGCAACUACAGUAUCCUCCAGGAGGAAGCACACAUCCCUCAUAUCCAUACCCGACAAUGGACCCGCGUCUCCUCUUCCACCAAGCGUUCGUUCCUAUCGUCGGUGGCCUCCCCAACUUCACACUUGUCCCCAAACUCGUACUUCCGAUGGGAUGGAAGCAUGUCUCUUGGUCCGAACUUCUUCCAAUAGCUUUCGAUCCCUACCGUCAAGCGUUUAAGCUGACUCCUAUUGGCCCAAUACCACUUACCUGCGAGGAACUUCAGCAGCAAGGAUUACAAAAGUACGUACCAGGUGGCGAGUUGCACCCUGAGUUCGGCUUGUUGCCUGAGAUGCUCAAGCUGAGUGACGGAAGUGACGCCGAGGUGUACAAUUUCGAUGGUGUGGAUUGGACGCUGCCGUGGGAAGGGCAAGUGGAUUUCCACGCCCCUCGUCGCACCAUAGACCAGCAAUGUAAUGGCGGUGGAACCAACAGCCCCACUAAUUCGAACACCUUCAUACCCAUGAUUACUUAUCCAUGGCGCGAGGCUCGCGAUUGUCCGAAUAAGAUCUUCGACCUCAGCGACGCUUGGCGUUGGCUAUCAGAAAAAGAGACCAACCAAACCGCUGACUUCAUUCCCACGCCAGGGAAGAAAUGGCACGGAAGUGGAGCAUUUCGUUCAACACGCAAGCUCAAGUCGCCUAUCCCCGAGCUUAUGGUGCUUUCUAUGCAGUCGACCCCUACCACACCAAACAUCCAACUCAAUCCGCUGCUUCAGAACCAAGACUCUAUGAAGGACAAGAACCAGUUCUGCCCAUUCAAGAGUGUUGCAACACCUUGCACUGUGAACAUCGCUCUUCUUGGGGAUACGGAGUUUACAAUCAUGGAGUUGCUGUCUUACUUUCCGCAGCAUUACUAUUGGGGUCACGCAGCGGAGCGCAUGGCAAAGGCUGGCGUGAAGGGGAGUAUGAUACGGGAGUUCCUUAUCAUGACGCGAGGGCUUCAAGGCGAUGAGGUGGUGAAGCCAGGUAAUAUCUCAUGUGCUGCUAUGGCUGCAAGGAAGAGGGACUGCGUCAAGCUCGAGGAGGUUGGAGAAAUGGACAUCGACGAAGUCGGCAAAGACACACCUACACCUUCACCUGCUCUCAGAUCCUCAGUCAUCGACAUGACCACGAACCAUACGGCUGAAGGAUGGGUCUGCGAUGUUUGGGAGAAGAUCGAUUACCCACUUCUCGCCCUCGCCCACGGCUUACAGUCGUUGCCUACUGGCCCGGACGCCGGACCACUGACAGCACUCAUACUCUGGUGCAGAGAGAAAGGUCAGUACCGAGCUCUGCUAAGUGAAGUACCUAAGCUGCUCCGGGCAGCAGAUAUUGAACCGCUUAUCGAAUCCGGUGACGAUGGAUGUCCGGACAGAGAGUUCGCAGGCAGGCAUGCUAGAUCGUUGAAGAAGGAUAGGUUGAGGGUAGUUCGAGACGCUGGUGCUAACGAGAGGGCACUUAGUGGAUGUGUAGAUGAUAGCCAGGGAAAGAGGAAGAAGCUUUGGUAG